CUACAGUGGUGCUCAUACAGAAGGUGGUGCCUUCGAAAACUUAAACUACGAUUAACCAAGGUGUUUGAUGGCAGGAAACCUUUCAAAUCCUACUUUCACGUUCUACCUCAAAAUUGCAAAAUUUGAUAUCGAUCCCAAAGCAAAGUAUCCCGUGUUCUUUGCUGGAAUUCUGGUCUACAUGUUCUCUGUGAUCUGCAAUACAACUAUUCUCGGACUGAUCAUCAGCCAGAAAAGCCUUCACAAGCCCAUGUUCUACAUUCUAUUCAGCCUCCCAUUGAUCGACUUAAUAGGAAUCACUGCCGGUCUGCCAAGGGUGCUUGUGGACAUUGUAACCGAAACGAAUGAUGUCUACUACCCAACAUGCGUUCUCCAAGCUUUUUUGAUACAUUUAUAUGGAGGUGGAACACUUUUUUUACUGGCAGCCAUGUCCUUAGACCGAUACAUAGCAAUAUGCAAUCCACUCAGAUAUAACUCUAUCAUGACUCCCAGUAGAAUAUUUGGACUCAUAGCAUUUGCAUGGGGCCUUGACUUUGCCGUAAUAACCGUCCUAUUUUCUCUGCAGGCUAGAUUAGUGAAAUGCAAGUCUUUUAUCACAAACGUGUACUGUGACAACCCAUCUUUAGUUUUGCUUUCAUGUGGAGGCGAUUUAAGUGUGAACAACAUUUACGGUUUAUUUCUGACAGCGUUUAUUCAGAUUACCAGUGUCUUUAUUCAGAUGUUCUCCUACGGAUGCAUUGUUAUCACAUGUGUAAAGCAAACACAUGCCGAUUCAAGGGUUAAGGCUUUAAAUACUUGUGUGGCUCAAUUCACUACAUUUAUUCUCUUCGAAAUGGUGACGGCUGUCGCUAUUAUAUCAUAUCGGAUUCCUGAUUUUCCUCCCACUGCACAAAGGGUUUGUGGCUUAAUGAUUUAUGCUGUCCUGCCAGUUGUCAAUCCAGUUAUCUAUGGACUGAAAAUGAAAGAUAUCAGAAUAGCACUGUUUGUGGUUUUAAGAAAGCGCAAAGUUGUUCCAGGUAGAAAAACAGAUGUUGUUAAAAUCAGAAAAUAAUUUGAAUGUAAGAGCUGUAAUAGAUGUAUUCUGGAUCACACAUUUAAGUGUACAUACAAUUUUUAAUCUGAGAAUACUGAUGUUAAAGAAUAAAAUGUGUUAACAUGUAUCAAACAACUGUAUUCAGACCAUUUAAUAAUACAGAUGUUUUUAAUUACCUUAUAAAUAUGUUAAUAAUUUUCAGCACCUUUUUCAAACUUCUGUGCAGAUAUUAAAACAAAUUAUGCAGUCAAAUUAGUAACAAACAUUCCAUGGUUGCAUUACAUUUAUGAAAAAUUCUCUGCUGAAUAUGUACAUUAUCAUGUAUUCUUGUAUUACAUCAAGACAUUUUUCACAUUCUACAUUUAAAUUACAAAGAGAAUGCUGUAUUAUUUGUGUAUACUGUACUAUUUACUGUAUUUUUGGUAACACUUUAGUUCAGGUGACAAUUCAUGCUAUUAACUGGCUUAUCACCUGGCUAUUAUUAAAAUAUAAACGGUUCAUUAGUAGUUGUAUGAUCUAAUUCUAAAACCUAAACCCAACUACUACCUUACUUGCUAUUAUCAAACAUUUAAUUAGUAGUUUAUUAAGCAAGAAGUGUUAGCAAAUGGUUUGUUAACACCAUGAAUUGUUACCUGAAAAGUGUUACCGUUUUUGUUACUGUAUCUUUCCCUCUGUGAAUACAAGGGAAAAAGUCAAUGAAUAAUUAUGAUAAACAUAUAAGAUUUAGGAAUUUAUAUAUCAUCAUUGAAUGAAUAAAUUGCUUCUGCUGGCA